AUGAACAAGACAUUGCACUGGCAGCAGCGCAUCGCGCUUGUCCGCCACAACCUGCACGCGGCCCACCGUUCUGGCGACUUUACCUUUUUCAAGACUCUUCAGGCUCAAGCUCUGUUUGACAACACCAACCACGUUGCUACACUGUCGGCCACUCUUGGAGAUGACGCUGAUAGUGUGCUCUCCGGUCUGGAUGAUCUGAACGCCUCCAUCGCUCACGUUCACGAAGACGCAUUCAAGAAUGCCUACAACAGUCUCAAGACUUAUCUCCACGAGUCUCACGCUGCUAAUGGCGAGUGCGACGAGAAGAGCAAGGUGUUUGUUGACGUCCAGAUGCAGAAGCAAAUGGCAGACCACGCAAUUGACAAGGCCACGUCCUCAGCCAUCGCUCUCGUCCAACAGCAGCCGAGCAGUGUCCAGGAUACCGCUGCAGCCGUCUGGAUCACCGGUACGACCAUCAUCGCUGACAGCAUUGAGACUGUCUUGAAGCACCUCUCGGCACUAGAGAGCAAUAUGCACGAUUUCAUUCGCCUCGAGGAAAGCUGGAACGAGGUCAAAACCAGUGUCGGACACAGUGUGUCGGCUUUGAAAGGAGUCUUCAGCCUGAUGAGCGGCGAGGUUGAGCCCGAGUCUCCUACCGUGGGCGCCUCGUCGCGUUCAUCGAGCUUCUCUGGGACAAUGUUCCGUCGCUUCUCGAAUGCCUUUGGAUCAGCCCCAGCAUCAGGCGGUCGUUCGUCUGCUGGCUCUCUACCAGGCAGUCGUUCUGGGUCAUUCUCCACCCAAGGGCAUCAUGUCAGAUCAUCGUCCUUGCAGUUUGACGACAAUGCACGCAACAGCUUCCGCAACAGUGUGUCAUUUGCUUGUCCCACAUCUCUGCCCAGCGGACAGGGAUGGAGACACACUGCGCUCGAUACGAUUCCACCCACUCCUGCGACGGGAGAUGUUGGGGAUCAAGAGGUCAAUUCGUUUGACACCUCUGUGCCGCCGAUGCCUGAGAUACCGAGUUUGAUAGACAUCAUGCCUGAGCAGGCUGUAAUGUAG